GUAAAAGGCCAAUCACAGCGGCCUUUUACCACGUGAUCAGCCAUGUCCAAUGACACGCUGAUCACCGGGAAAUGCAAAUGCCGGUUCUCGGCUGCACUUUCCUCACGCUGUCAGAUCGGAACGGCACCGAUCAUCAGGGUCGCUGAUCAUCAGUGCCCUGAUGAUCGGUGCCCAGCAGUGCCACACACAAGUUCCGCCCACCCUGUUCCCAGCAAUGCACCCACCUGUGCCCAGCAGUGCACCCACCUGUGCCCAGCAAUGCACCCACCUGUGCCCAGCAGUGCAUCCACCUGUGCCCAGCAAUGCACCCACCUGUGCCCA